GAAAUGAUUUCAGUCUCUUUUGAACAUCUUAUAUAUGCACACUCCUAAAUAAGCGUCAGUGUUGAGUUGAAGGCAAGAAAUAUUGGCUGUAAGAAGUUUAAAUAAAAAGUACCUGUGCUCUUUAAACAUGAAGUUUAUUUGUUUGCUGCUGCUAACUGCUUGUGGAAUUAAAGAUUCAAGAUCAGAGCAGUAUGAUGUCAUUGGAGCUGCAGUAGCUGUAUUUGCUUCAGUCGGAGAUGACGUGAUUCUGCCCUGUUCAGUCAAACCCAACAUCAGUGUUGUGGACAUGAUAGUGGAGUGGCGGAGAUCUGAUCUGAAAGACUCUCUGGUGCAUCUGUAUGAGGAUCAUGAAGACAGAGAAACAGAGCAGAACGAGUCCUACAGAGGGAGAACACAGCUGAUUCAUCCAGAGCUUCAGAGAGGAAACGCAUCCCUCAGACUUUCAUCAGUCAAAGUGUCUGAUGAAGGACGUUAUAAGUGUAUUAUUGGGUCUGAAUCCUCGAAGCAUGAAGCCACAGUCGAUCUUACAGUUGAAGCUUUAGGAUGGGCUCCGGUGAUCACCAUAGAUGGAUUUAAUCCUUCAGGAGGGCUUCAUCUUCAGUGUGAAUCUGAAGGUUGGUAUCCUGAACCGCAUCUGGAGUGGCUGGAUCAUGAAGGAGUCAGUUUGAGGCCAGAAACUACAGAGACGCACCAGAAAGCGGGCAUGUUCAGCAUCAAACACACAAUCAUUGUUUAUCACAGCGACGACAAGAUUCACUGCAGAGUGAAACUGAAGCAUCACAUGCUGGAAGCACAGAUCAUCACCUCACGUGAAGUGUUUAAAAUAUGGAGGACAACAGCCGUCCUGAUUUCAGUUAUAGUUGUGUUCAGUGGUUUUGCUGCAAUGAUGUUUGCUGUGCUUCUGCAUAAAUACAGAGAAAACAGUCAACUAAAGAUUGAGAAUAAGAGACUAAAACAAGAACUUGAUCAACUUUUACAAAGUCAGAAGACACCAGAAGUGACUCUUGAUGCUGGGGAUUCAGGUAAAACAUGUCACACUGGACCUGAAGAUAAAGAAAUUCUUGUUGACAACGCAGAUCCAUAAAAAGAUAAAAAUGAAGACAAAUCGCAAAAUGACAAAUCUGAUGACGGAUGAAUUUAUAAGGGAGGUCUGUUUGGCAGGAUGUAUUUUCCCCCCAGUGUAGGAAAAAGACAACUGUAAUAGUUUAUUCCUGUAUUAUUUGUUGUGUGUGUGUGUGUGUGUGUGUGUGUGUGUGUGUGUGUGUGUGUGUGUGUGUGUGUGUGUGUGUGUGUGUGUGUGUGUGUGUGUGUGUGUGUGUGUGUGUGUGUUUUAAAUAUAUAUGUUGAAGUCAGAAUUAUUGUCCUCCUUUGAUUUUGUUUCUUUUUUUUUUUUUUUAACUAUUUCCCAAAUGAUGUUUAACAGAACAAGGAAAUUUUCACAGUCUUGUGGAGAGAGUCUUAUUUGUUUUAUUUCAGCUAGAAUAAAAGCAGUAAAAAAAA